AUGCUCAGAUUAUCCUCAAACUCCUCAGACUACUUCUCAAACUCCUCAGACUACUUCUCAAACUCCUCAGAUUAUCCUCAAACUCCUCAGACUACUCCUCAAACUCCUCAGAUUAUCCUCAAACUACUCAGACUACUCCUCAAACUACUCCUCGGUCUAAUCCUCAGAUUAUCCUCAAACUCCUCAGACUACUCCUCAAACUCCUCAGAUUAUCCUCAAACUCUUCAGAUUAUCCUCAAACUCCUCAGACUACUCCUCAAACUCCUCAGAUUAUCCUCAAACUACUCAGAUUAUCCUCAAACUCCUCAGAUUAUCCUCAAACUCCUCAGACUAAUCCUCAGACUCCUCCUCAGAUUAUCCUCAAACUCUUCAGAUUAUCCUCAAACUUCUCAGAUUAUCCUCAAACUCCUCAGACUACUUCUCAAACUCCUCAGAUUAUCCUCAAACUCCUCAGAUUAUCCUCAAACUCCUCAGAUUAUCUUAAAACUCCUCAGAUUAUCCUCAAACUCCUCAGUCUAA